GAAUUCGAAAUGAAAUGGAUGAGCGUCCCAAUCGUGUGAAGAAGGCAUGCAGUGUUUGUCGGCGACCUGGGCAUAACAAGAAGACAUGUCCUACUCUUAUUGGUGGAUUUGGAUCAUCUGGGUCCCAUGGAGCCGGUGAUUCGUCCAGGCCCAGUUGAUCCAUCUGUUCUACGCUUGCAGACUUCCCAUAGGAGCCACGAUGUUUGGAGUGGCGUAGCUGAUAGAGUUCUCUCAGUUAGGGAGCAUAUGGUCAGCGUGGGACGUGAGUGGAGGGUAGAUGGCGGAGUACUAGAGUACGUUAGGCUUGCUGGGUUUUACGGUGUACAUAAGAUUUUGGGAGGAGGGUUUUUGCUUGAUCGAUCUCUUCUUACGGCGUUGGUUGACAGGUGGAGGCAGGAGACACAUACUUUCCACCUAGUGGUAGGUGAGGCCACCAUUACUUUACAGGAUGUCUCCGUCCUGUUAGGUCUGAGAGUGCACGGCCCUCCUGUCAUUGGACCUCCAUUUGAGGGAUGGCAUGACCUAGUUGAGGAGUUGCUGGGAGUUCGACCUGGCCAUGAUGAUAACGGUAAGCCGUUUCUGGAGGGAUCUACUUUGAAGUUGACGUGGCUCAGACGUCACUUCUCACAGAUGCCAGAGGGAGCUGAUGACUUGACAGUUCAGCGCCAUAGCCGUGCUUACAUUCUCACUCUCAUGGGAUCUAUUCUGUUCGCCGACAAGAGUGGCGAUGCUGUGUCACUCUACUACUUGCCGUUCCUUCGAGACUGGGAGACAGCUUCGACCUACAGCUGGGGGAGUGCGGCUCUUGGUUUUUUGUAUCGGCAGCUAUGUCGAGCAUGUCAGCGAGAUUCAAGACAGAUUGGAGGCCCGCUCAUCCUACUACAGUUGUGGUCGUGGGAGCAUAUUACUAUUGGCCGACCAUACAUUAGGAGGCCUCGAGAUCCGCCACAGGAGGACCCUGAGGCUGAGGAUGAGGAUGACAUUUUGGGGACUCAGCAUCAGCGAGGUGUUGACCCUUUGGCGUGCAGGUGGUUACGUGUCCAUCUAUCGUGUGCGCAUACUGCUUCUGGACUACCAUACUACAGAGAUGCGUUUGACCAUCAGCGCGAGGACCAGAUGAUUUGGCAGCCAUAUACUGAGGCGGUGAUGGAUCGACUUCCGGAGAUUUGUCGCUCAGACAUGCACAUUUGGCGUUCACGGGCACCUCUGAUAUGCUUUGACGUCGUUGAGUUCCACCUCCCAGACCGAGUCCUUCGUCAGUUCGGGUUAGACCAGCCGAUCCCACAGGAUGUAGACACGGACGUUGCUCUACACAGGAAGGAUCGAAGGGGACAACGUAAUUGGGAGAUUCGGCAUUCGGACCAUGUACACGAGUGGAGUCGACGAGAGGCAUUAGUCGUCCAGGGAUACCCGUUCACUGGGACUUCUUCCCCGGCCAUGACAGAGUACAUGGCUUGGUACCGUCGCAUCACGAGACUGGUCAUUACUCCACCUUCGCAGGAGCGCCCCCCGAGUCAUUACCAGCCAGCUACCUCUGACCUCCUGCUUGCACAUGCAUUUGCUGAUUUGCACGUCCAGCUAUCGGGAGCUACUGAGACCAUCUCCCACUUGCCACCAGAGACGGCUAUACCAUUUGCCAUACAGACGAUGCAGGGUUUUACAUCAUUUUGUGGCCAAACCUUGUCUAGGGUGGGGCAGUCACACCUUAUUCAGCAGCCUCGACCGUCCACGUCUUCAUCUUCUACUGUGCACACUAUGCCGAUCAGACCACCACCUCAUCGUGGAGGCCAUUCAGCACGUGCCUUCCGUCCACCGACUCCUUCUCAGCAUACUAUCAUGACAUCUCCUCCACUAGUGCAUCGCCAGUAUCAGAGAAACCGACGGCGUAGCAACACUACGUCUGGGGUUGGAGUUGGCCUGGAUGACAUUCCAGAGGAGACAACUGCAUCAUCUUCAUCGUCACCUCAUGGGAAGAAGCAACGCCCGAGCUAAGUGUAUAUUUUGGAACUAAACUAAUUUUUUUGUAAAUGCUUAGAAUUGGAUUUUGUUAUAUUUAAUCAAUUGAAAAAUAUUCGACUUUGCAA